ACUGCCGAAUUAGCAUCGUGCCGAGGCACAACUUUGCCGCGGCCCCAGCGAGAUCCAGGCGCGCGCGCCGGAGGAAAUAUAGUCCCUGCCGGCGGUCAGCUGGCGCGGGCGGCGACAGGGCGCGCGCUGGGGGGCUGCGCGGGGCUCCCGGCGCCUGGGGGCCAUGCGCCGGGCGGCGCAGGCAGCCCGGGCACCCGGCGCAACUUAGCGGCAGCCGGAAGAGUUGGGCGCCAGCUCGCCUUUCUUCCCUCUCGUCAGCCUCCUUUCCUAUCGGCGCUGCAGGAGGGAACUCGUGUCUCUCUGUGCCCGGGACACCGGAUCCGAGCUCUCCCGGUCUGGUUCCCGCCGAGCCGCACAACUUCCUGCGAGCUCCGGCCAAAGUGAGCGCAAAGUGCUGCCCAAGUUGCGGCGAUGGAGCUGCAAAGCCGGUCCGAGGCGCUCGCGGUGGAACUCGCGCGCCACCAGAACGGCGACCUCAAGAAGCAGCUCCACGAAAGGCAGCCACGGAUCGCAGCGCUCAGCGACAAACAAGCUUUGGGAUCCACCACUGCAGUGCCUGUCACAGGUCCUCAGGUCAGCUCCCUGCAGAGGUUGGCUGGGCAAGGAGCAGCAGUGCUACCUCAGGUUAGGCCAAAGACUCUGAUUCCAGACAGCCUCCCUGUCACCCCGGGCAGGGACCGGCCACCCAAGCAACCCCCAACAUUCCAAAAGGCCACUGUGGUCAGCAUCAAGAACCCCAGCCCAGCCCUCCCCACUGCCAACAACACCGUCAACCAUGUGCCAACACCCAGCAGCCAGACCCAGGCCCUCACCGAGCCCACCGCCAUCACCUCACCCCUGAGCAGUGCCGGGGUGGCCUAUGCCAUCAUCUCCACCUCCCCCAGCAAUGCUGCCACCAUCACCCCCAGCACCACUGUGCCCGUGGCCAGCGACGGCAUCAAAGUGCAGCCCCUCCUCAUCAGUGCUGACAAAAAGGUUAUCAUCAUUCAGCCACAAGUGAAGACACAGCCAGAGAGUUCAGCAGAGCCCGAGCCACCCACGGAGGAGCCAUCUCAGGGAGCUCAGGCCACCAAGGAAGAUCAGCCCCCCAGCAAGGAGAAUCCUGAGAAAAUCGCCUUCAUGGUAGCUCUAGGCCUGGUCACAACGGAACACCUAGAAGAGAUCCAGAGCAAGCGGCAGGAGCGGAAGCGGAGGAGCACAGCCAACCCUGCCUAUAGCGGCUUCUUGGAGACCGAGAGGAAGCGGCUGGCCUCCAGUUAUCUCCACAACCCCUUGUUCCUCACAGCACGAGCCAAUGAGGACCCCUGCUGGAAGGGUGAAAUCACCCAUGAUGAAUUCUGUGCUGCCUGCAAGCGAGGAGCCAGCCUGCAACCCUGCGGCACCUGUUCAGGGGCCUACCACCUCAGCUGCCUGGACCCGCCCCUUAAGACGCCACCCAAGGGCCUGUGGGUCUGCCCCAAGUGCCAGCGGAAGGCCUUAAAGAAAGAUGAGGGUGUGCCCUGGACUGGGAUGCUGGCCAUUGUACAUUCCUAUGUCACCCACAAGACAGUGAAAGAAGAGGAGAAGCAGAAAUUGUUGCAGCGUGGCAGUGAACUGCAGUCUGAGCACCAGCAGCUAGAGGAGCGGGACCGGCAGCUGGCCUCAGCUGUGAAGAAAUGCUUGGAGCUGAAGACAAGCCUCCUGGCCCGCCAACGGGGCACACAGUCAUCGCUGGACCGCAUCCGGGCCCUCCUCAGACUGAUCCAGGGUGAGCAGAUGCUUCAGGUCGCUAUGGCAACCACCAGCCCCACCCCACUUCUGGCCGGGCCCUGGACCAAGCCUUCCACCACCACCACCAUGCGCACUACCCUCCAGCACCCCCAGAAUCACAACUGACCCCAGGGACCUGUCUAACACUCAUGGAAAGUUACUGGGACCUUGCUCUCAAGACCUGGAGGAUCUGUCGGCCUUAAUUCAUAAACUCUAUGAAUUUUAGACAAAAAUAAAACUAGAGAGUGAUGAGAGAAAGGAGGAGUGAGAUGAGUGUCCUAGAGCCAGAACCAGCCUGAGGUGGACCCCUCCACCAGUUGCAGGGUACACCCGGAGGCCAGGUGAAGGUGUCUCAGAUCCAGGCACACUAGGCCCACGAGGCUGCCAGACCUCCCUGGCCUUUGGGUUUCAUGACCAGCUCUCUCCUUGCGUUGUCCCCCUCAAGACAGGAAGACUUUAGACUUUGGAGAGUGAGGCAGACUGGGCCACACACCGCUUGUGAGGACUCAAGCUGACAACAGGUAGCUGGUUAGUGGGGGUGGGCGGGGUGGGCCUCUGGUGCAAGAGAGGGUAGUUAACCUAGGUGGUUCUCCAGUGGCCCUGGGGCUUCCUGUGCCCCGCUGGCCCCUAAUCCAUCAGUAUUACCAUGUUGAAAAUCAGUCAUUUAACUGGACAAGUGACAGGCCAGCUUCUCUUGGGGUCACCCACUGCUGCAUGGGCUGCCUGGCCUGGCCUGGCCUCUGCCUCUCCUUUUCCCAGCUCACGCUCUUGUUGCUGCCCACCCACCUCUUCCUAUUGCCAAUCCCUGGAAUUUUCCUCAUGGAGUUCAGGGCUAAAGGGAGCAGUCACCCAGCAGGGGAGGCACCUGGCAGGUUUCAACUCAAAACCGGAAACCUUUCGAGCACUCUCCUUUGCAGGAGCCGCCAAGCAUCCUGCCCACUUCAUGCCAGUUAAAGACACUAUGCCAAAAAGAGCUUCACACUUUUUGUAUAGCGUUUUGUUUUUGUUGUAUGAUCCGUAAUGUGAACUGUGCCCCUGCCUGCCUUCCUCUGCAUCUGAUGGUCUCUGCUCCGAUACAGGAACUGGUAACCUCGCCUGAGAGGGACCAGAUGGAGCACCCAAGAAGGGACUUAGAGAUCCAGGGAGAAGGCAGAGAGAGUGGUGCACUUGGGGCCCUGGCCUUGGGAGACUCCAGAGCCCUCAACGCUCUCCUCAAAGCGAUCUCCAUAUUUGCAGGGAGUGUAGGCUCCUAGGCACCCUGGGGGCUCCUGCACCUCUGUGAGCCAUGUAGCCCACUUCCGCAAGCCUCACCCUGUCCCGAGGGACACAGCACAACCCAUAUGUGACCAGGAGCCACAGGGCUCCCCCCACCCCCGAGCAUAUCACACGGUGCCGAAUUGCAGUGAGCACGCACGCGUGCAUGCGCCAGGGCCACAGACGCACACCUGUGCACACAGACACAGGUGCAGAGCGGGAAGGCUGACUGGGAUCCCGCCACCAGCUGUUUUCCCUCUUGUCAUUUCUCACGACUCCGGGAGAAACUGUGCUGUAGGAUACAAAUCUAUUUUAAUACACAUUACACUGGGUUGAACAAGAUUUUUUAUAUUCUUUUAUUGAUGAACAACGUGGGCCCUGCGAGGCACACGCCUUUAUAUAUUGGUUACGCGGUGCCGAUUAUGCGUUACCGCACGGCUGGCGACGUAACUGUCUUCAGGUUCUUUUGUUGGUUUGAUUUUUCUUCCUGGAUGGAUUGAGUUCGAUUUUGCAAGAAACGUGGGAGGAUGUUGGAAGGUUGGACCCGGGAGGGGGAGCUGCUGACGCGUCUCGAGACUUAGUUUUGAUUUUUUUUUUCUUUUCUUUUCUUUUUUGGGACCAAGGGGGACCGUCCAGUGGAUAGUGGCUAGAGAAAGUGUUUGUCUUAAAUAUUCCAGUGUAGUUUUCCUUCUGUAUGAUGCAUUAAAUCCAAUUUCAAAGCUCG